UAGACAUCUAGUCAGUGGUUUGGUUUGUUUGUGGUGGGAGUUGAAUGAUUUGUGAGCGCUGAAGGAAGCCUGAAAUAAACUAUUUUGUUUAUGAACCUAGGACUUUGUUUAUAGCUAAAUAAAUAUAGGUUUAUCCUCUUAUAACUGUAGCAUUAUUUGUAAGUUGUACAAAUUUGUUGUAAGGGUAACCGUCUGUGUGUAAACAAUUUAUUAAAUAACCUCAAUACUUUAGUGAUAAUAUUGUGUGAUCUUGUAAAGUUGUACACUUUAAAAUGAGUUAUAACUCGGGUGGGAGUGGUGGGAAAGGGUUUGGUUUCGCCGGGUUCACGAUGCCGAAACGGAAUCCUUCAAAUGUGUCGCUGCAUGCAGUGCCUCCGCCGUCGGCCCCUAUGCACGCAGUUCCGCCGCCGACCUCAGGAUUGUCUAAGCAGGGUUACUCUACAAUGAAUGCUAUCACCCAGAAUGCUGUUACCGGUAAUUGGGGUAGCCUCGGAAAAAAGCGUUCGAAGACAGAAGAUGAGUAUUUUGAUGAAGAUGAUGAACCUCCUACCCCAGCAUUAGCAUACAUACCUGCACCAGGCAGUCCUACAUACGAUGCCGCAGCCGCGUCAAAAGCGGAUGACGAUGAAGAAGAUCCUCUUGAUGCAUACAUGGCAGGUUUGGAACAGCAAGCUGCCAAAGAUAUGGUGGCCAGCAAAGAGAACGAAGCCAGUGGAAAGGGAGACAGCGGGAGGGGUACUAGGGGAGAUAUUGAUGAAAUGGAUGAUGAAGAGAGUUAUUAUAAGUAUAUGGAGGAAAACCCCCUGACAAAUCCAGAUGAUGGUUCAGAUCUGGAAAUAGAAUAUGAUGAAGAUGGAAAUCCCUUAGCUCCUCCCAAGAAAAAAUUCAUAGAUCCAUUGCCACCAAUAGAUCACUCGGAGAUUACAUAUGAGCCAUUUGAGAAGAAUUUCUAUACACCACAUGAGGAUAUUGAGAAACUUACAAAUGAGCAAGUUGAGGAGUUGAAGAAGAAUCUAGGAGUCAAGAUAACAGGCCCCGACCCGCCGAGGCCAGUGAGCAGUUUCGCCCACCUGGGUUUCGACGAGCAGCUGAUGCGUGCGAUCCGUCGCUCCGAGUACACGCAGCCCACGCCCAUACAGGCGGCCGGCGUGCCCGCCGCGCUGGCCGGCAGGGACAUCAUCGGUAUUGCCCGCACGGGGUCUGGUAAGACGGCCGCGUUCCUAUGGCCGCUCCUGAUCCACAUCAUGGACCAAAAGGAGCUUGCCGUGGGAGAAGGACCCAUUGGCUUGAUAUUGGCACCCACCAGGGAAUUGGCGCAACAGAUUUACAUGGAGGCGAAGAGGUUCGGCAAAGUAUACAAUAUAAGGUGCGUUUGUUGCUAUGGCGGUGGCUCUAAGUGGGAACAAACGAAAGCCUUAGAAGGCGGAGGGGCGGAAAUUAUAGUGGGUACUCCAGGGCGUGUCAUAGAUUUAAUAAAAUGCAAAGCCACUAAUCUCCAAAGGGUCACCUAUUUAGUGUUAGACGAAGCUGAUAGAAUGUUCGACAUGGGAUUCGAGCCGCAAGUUCGUUCGAUAUGUGCACACGUGCGGCCCGAAAGACAGGCGUUGUUGUUCUCCGCCACGUUUCCGCGCAGAGUGGAGAGGUUGGCUCGCGACGCGUUACACGACCCGGUGCGGAUACAACACGGCGCCGCGGGGGAGGCAAGCGAAUUGGUCACGCAAUAUGUUCGAAUCUUCAAUAAACCAGAGGAGAAGUGGUCGUGGCUUCUUAAUAAUCUAGUUGAAUUCACAUCUGCGGGCAGUGUUUUAAUAUUCGUUACAAAGAAGUUAGAAGCGGAGCAAACGGCGGCCAACUUGGGCGUGCAACAAUACGAUGCUUUACUUCUACACGGAGAUAUGGACCAAGCUGACAGGAAUAAGGUUAUUACCGCCUUCAAAAGGAAUGAAAACAACAUCAUGGUUGCCACAGAUGUUGCUGCUCGCGGUCUGGACAUCCCCCACGUGCGUACGGUGGUGAACUAUACCGUGGCCCGGGACAUUGACACCCACACGCACCGAGUGGGACGCACCGGGAGGGCGGGGGUCAGGGGGGAUGCUUACACGUUGAUGGAGAGACAUAAGGACAAGGACUUUGCCGGACAUCUGCUUAGGAAUCUGGAGGGAGCGCAACAGGAAGUGCCGGAUGAGUUAUUGAAUUUGGCGAUGCAGUCUGCGUGGUUCCGCAAGUCCCGUUUCAAGAAGGGCAAGGGGAAGAACCUCAACGUUGGCGGCUGCGGUUUAGGGUAUAAAGAGCGUCCAGGCCUGCCUCAACACAACGACGACACUCCGUCGGCGACGGUGGAAAAGGCUCAGGGAGGGCCUGCUACCGAUCGCCUGGCCUCACUCAAACAGGCCUUCCGAUCGCAAUAUAACCAGUUUACCGCAUCGACGGACCAUUCUUGGGAACAGACACUGGCUUCCAUCCAGCCCGGGGUCAACGAGCCCGCGGCCUCGCAGCAGGACCAAGACAAGGCUGACCGAGUGCGGAAGAGCGGCAAACGCAGCAGAUGGGAAUAGGACAACUGUAGACAAAGCCGUAAUAGACACAGCAUUGAUUAAAUACACGCCUAGAUAGAGAAAUCCAAAUAAAUUUCUUUCUUAUUCUUAGGUUUUCACGCACACCACCCAUUAAAAAAAAAGUUAAAACGGUAUAGAUGCACUGAUUUAUUUAUUUAUUGACGUUUCGCAUC